GAUCCUGCGCUCAGACGUAGCCCCGCCUGCACGAGCCCAGAGGAGGACGUCUGUAGAAAAGGGAAGUGUCACUGGUCGAUCUGCCGUAUGGCCACAUUGUGGACUAAUUUUAUCUGCUAAUGAACAACAAAUCGUUUGUUUCUUCUUUCGGGUCUCCGCAUGAAUGGCAUCGCUGGAAGGGGAGGAGCCCCCUCCAAAUGGGGGCCAAUCAGAUAGUCGCCUCAAAAGCAAAAAGCCCCCAAGCCUUGUAAUAGCCAUUCCCACAACUGCAGAAAACAUGGAUCCAGAUCCUGCCAAACAGCCUCUACGAUCUGCACUGAAGAAAAGUGCGAGUGGUCAGGCCCCCAGCUCAAUGUCAGAGAGUUUCAGUGGCGCCGGAGAUGGAAACUUCUUGACCAGAGACAGACGAUCAAAGUUCGGCCGACAAACCUCACUCUCACAAAGUAUCCGGAGAAACACGGCUCAAUGGUUUGGAGUGGGAGGAAACUGUGAGAGCAAACAGCAGGUCUGGCACCGGAAGAGCAUGCGGCACUGCAGCCAGCGCUAUGGCAAACUCAAGGCCGAGUAUCGAGAGUCCGAGGUGGCCACGAGCAUCGACCAGGGCCCAGAGUCUCCUACCACACAUAAAAUGAAGAAGAUUGUGGAUCCACUUGCCAGAGGGCGAGCCUUUCGUGGGGCAGAUGAGGUGGACUGCCGAUCUCCUAAGACCCCCCAAACUGCCCAUGGUGGACCUAUCACCCCGGGUGUCACCUCCCUUUCCUCCUUCACCAGCCAGCGCUCCGGCUACAGCCGCCUCCCCAAACGCAAGAGGGAAUCUGUGGCCCGCAUGAGCAUCCGCGCUGCAUCUAACCUGCUCAGGGGUCAUGGUGGUCUGGUGGGCUCACAGACCGGUCGCAGUUUUCCCAAAAGGAGCUUCAUGCAUCACAGCUGGAUGGAUGAGGACACUGUGGACUCUGCUGACACCUCUCGAUCUCUCUUCUUUGGCAAAGGGGAUGCUCGAGACGAAUUUUACUCCAUGGCUGACGAUGUGUUUGAGUCACCUCCCAUAUCUGCCUCUUUUGGUUUUGGAGACACAACAGACCACAGCAACCUAGAAAUAUCUCGAACUCCUAAAGCGCCAGGAGCUGGACUAGAGCAGGGGAUCCCUCGGCGCGGGCGGCGCAUCGCUUCACAAGUGAAACAUUUUGCCUUUGACAAACAAAAGCGACAGUACGGCAUGGGCGUCGUGGGCAAGUGGCUGAACCGCCACUAUCGCCGCAGUCUCAGCAGUAACGUCCAGAAACAACUGGAUGACUUCCACAGCCACAGGCCUUACUUUACCUACUGGAUAACAUUUGUCCAUAUUGUGAUCACAUUGUUGGCAUGUUGUACAUAUGGUUUUGCCCCUGUGGGGUUUGCACAGCACUCACAAACUCAACUGGUGCUUAAAAACAAAGGAAUUUAUGAGAGUGUCAAAUACAUACAACAGGAAAACUUCUGGAUUGGUCCUAGUUCUGAUGACCUGAUCCAUCUUGGGGCCAAAUUCUCUCCAUGCAUCAGACAGGACCAGCAGGUUGUCAGCCUUAUUAAGAAAGCUAAAGAUCUGGAAAGGGAAUCUGGGUGCUGUGUCCAGAAUGACAACUCUGGGUGUGUGCAGACCCACCCCUCAGACUGCUCUGAGACAUUGGCCACCUUUAUCAAAUGGGAAAAUGAAGAUGUGCAGAUCCUGAGGUCAUCUGGUGCAGUCUGUCAUCAGGACCCGAGAGUAUGUGAAGAACCUGCGUCUGGUGAGCCUCACAUAUGGCCCGAUGACAUCACACGUUGGCCUAUAUGCACAUUACCUAAGAAAUGGAAUCACACAGGCUACAGUCACAUGGACUGCACAAUCAAGGGACGGCCGUGCUGUAUAGGAACUAAGGGCAGAUGUGAGAUCACAACCAGAGAGUAUUGCACCUUCAUGCGAGGGUACUUUCAUGAGGAUGCCACACUCUGCUCCCAGGUGCACUGUUUAGAUGAUGUGUGUGGCCUACUGCCGUUCCUAAACCCUGAUGUCCCUGAUCAGUUUUACAGGCUGUGGCUCUCGCUGUUCCUCCAUGCAGGGCUGCUGCAUUGUGUUGUAUCUGUGAUCUUCCAAAUGACCAUACUAAGAGA